AUGAAGAAACAAGGCUGUGAGAUUGAAGCAAUCGGCAUCAACUACAGAAUCUACACACAGAAAGGACAGCACCCUUUUAGGUGCCUUGGCGGCAAGGCCCAACAACACAAGCGGCAAGGAGACGUACAACAGUCAGGAGUGCAGCAUGUUCUGAAGGAAGUGAAUUGCCGGGCCAAGCCGUGGGAAAUCUUGGCGAUUGUCGGCCCUAGCGGGGCAGGGAAGUCGUCGCUGCUGGAGAUCCUUGCCGGAAAACUCACACCACAGAGUGCAUCCAUUUUUGUCAACCAGAAGCCGGUGGACAAAGCCCGGUUCCAGAAGAUAUCAGGCUACGUCACCCAGAAGGACACACUGUUUCCACUGCUCACAGUUGAAGAGAGCUUAAUGUUCAGUGCAAAGCUCCGGUUAAGGCUUCCUCAGUCAGAGUUAUUGCCGAGAGUGAAGUCAUUGAUUCAAGAACUGGGACUGGGUCAUGUAGCAGGAGCUCGGGUUGGCGAUGAUAGGGUACGUGGCAUCUCCGGUGGAGAAAGGAGACGAGUAUCUAUUGGUGUUGAUGUCAUACAUGAUCCCAAAGUGCUAAUUCUUGAUGAACCAACUUCAGGGCUUGACAGUACAUCAGCUCUUCAGAUCAUUGACAUGCUCAAGACAAUGGCUGAAACCAGGGCUCGAACUAUAAUCCUCAGUAUACACCAACCUGGAUUCAGAAUUGUUAAGCUGUUCAACUCCAUUCUUCUGAUGGCUAAUGGCUCGGUUUUGCACCAUGGAACAGUUGAUCAGCUCGGCUUGCAGAUGAGGCUCAUGGGUCUGCAACUUCCUCUUCAGGUCAAUGUUGUCGAGUUUGCAAUUGAUUCCAUUGAAGCAAUUCAGCAGCAGCAACGAGUGAACCAAGAAAUGCAACCACAGUUGCCGGCAACGGUACUGCCACUGCAUCAACACAAGAAAUGUGACGAAGGUGAGAGUAAUGGUGGUAAAUUCACUCUACAACAACUAUUUCAACAAUCUAAAGUGAUUGAUGAAGAAACUAUCGAUGCGGGGAUUGAUUUUCCCAGCGGUUUUGCAAAUUCUAGAUUGGGAGAAACCUUGAUUCUUACUCAUAGGUUCUCGAAGAAUAUAUUUCGCACCAAGGAGCUCUUUGCCUGCAGAACCCUUCAGAUGUUAGUAGCUGGGCUCAUAUUGGGUUCAAUCUUCUAUGAUCUUAAAGAUGAUUUGACAGGAGCUGAAGAAAGGGUAGGCCUAUUUGCAUUCAUAUUGACAUUUCUGUUGUCAAGUACAACAGAAGCUCUACCAAUUUUCUUGCAGGACAGGGAGAUAUUAAUGAAGGAGACAUCAUGUGGAAGCUACAGGGUCUCAUCAUAUGCCAUGGCAAAUGGUCUUGUGUACUUGCCAUUUCUACUCAUAUUGGCUCUCCUAUUUACAAUACCACUGUACUGGCUCGUCGGGCUAAAUCAAAGUUUCAUGGCUUUCUUUCACUUCCUGUUGUUGAUUUGGCUAAUUCUCUAUACGGCAAAUUCAGUCGUGGUAUGUUUCAGUGCUCUUGUGCCCAAUUUCAUCGUCGGAAAUUCAGUGAUCUCUGGUGUGAUGGGUUCGUUCUUUCUGUUCUCUGGCUAUUUCGUGUCAAAACAUGGGAUACCGAGUUACUGGAUUUUCAUGCAUUACAUAUCACUGUUUAAGUAUCCAUUCGAAGGGUUCUUAAUAAACGAGUUCUCUUCUGGUAAGGAGAAGUGCUUGGAGUACAUGUUUGGGAAAUGUGCAGUUAGCGGCGAGGAUGUGCUUAGAGAGGAAGGGUAUGGAGAGGAGAGCAGAUGGAGGAAUGUAGUCAUUAUGGUGUGCUUUAUUUUGGUCUACAGGUUUAUUUCUUAUGCCAUCCUCAGAUGCAGAUGCUCUCACAGGGGCCUUAAAGGAGCCUUUCUUUGAAUAAACAUAUGGUAGCAUUUCUCUCUCUCACUCUCUCCCUUAAUGACAUGUUGAUAGGGUUGGGUCACAUAUUUUGGAAUUUAUUCAAAAUACGGAUUUAAGAAAAAAUAUAUCAACAUCAACAAGAAGUGUAACAUGUAUUAGUACAUUCAUAAAUAUAAAACACAAAUCUCUAUCUCUCUCUCGCUCUCCCCCCCCCCCCCAGUUCUUUAUUUUGCAAUUAUUGGGUUUGUAAAGAAACAGGAAAUGACCAAAGCUCUAAGGCUGUAAAGUAUGCAACAGCCUGUAAGGUGACAUGAGUUUGGAAAGAACAGUAAUUUUAGUAUUGUGAGGUGAAUACUACAGCCAAAAUUUUGUACUGGCCAGUUGUUACAAACUUGAAGGCAGACACUUAAUUACAGAGAGAUUUGUCACAAACAGCUGUCCAGGAGCCUGACAAUGCUAAAUAAAUAUAUCAUCCAGUUCUGUUUAUAUUCUACAAUAUACUUUGUUCUGUUUAUAUUCUACAAUAUACUUUUGUCGUUACCAACAAUUACCCCAAGCUCCCCACCUCAUUCCCAGUGCCAGAAAAAUUUAGCAAAUCUUGACACAUUCUUAAGGGUGAUUCACUUGGCAAAUUUUGACCCCAGAAAAAUCACCGGAGAGAAUGCCCACGGGGUGACUCUGUAAUCUGGUCUCAAAGACCAUAACCAUGUUAAAUAAGAGGCAAGAUUUUGUUCCAA